UAUGUAUUAUGACACUGUUAUCAACGAAAAGAUAAAAUCACGGACCGGAGUAAAAAUGGAGCCCAUGGAAGUAUGUGUCACCGACGAAGAAUACAUGAUGACCAAAGCCAAAAGUUUUCUGGAAACUGAUUGCUAUAGGUGCAGGUCGUGGCUACUUACAGCCAAAUCGAUGUUUCCCAAUAACUUUGGAAUUCAUUUUGAAUGUUAUGAAAUUGAAAAAAAUUUGCGAUGUGUUCAUAGAGCAGCCAGAUGUUUUAGUAGUCUACUGGAAGAUUUCCCUAAUGAACCUAUUCUUUGGAAAGAAAUUGAAAAUUUUACACCAAUUUUAUGUAUGGACAUAUCUUGUUUAUCAGAAGAACAAACCUUUUUCCGAGAAAUGUUUUCGGCUUUACCAUUGUCUAUUCAACAGAAAUUAUUAUCUGUGUGUGCUGAAAGGAGUGAAGACACGAUGGAACAUUGUCGCUUAGUACUUUUACUCCUAAAUCGUUUUCCUCAAUCGUCAACUGAAUUAGCAUUAAAACUGAUGGACACAAUGAUAACUGCUGAAAAACAUAAUCAGUGUCCCAAUGUUAUAAAUUGCUACAGAAAAAUUUUAGUAUGUGAUCUUGGCCCAUUAUUAGUGUCAACAAGUACCUUAAAUCAGAAAAAUCUGUAUAAAAUGUUAACAAAAACUACUGAAUUUUAUAUUACCUAUGCUAUGGGAAAACAUUCUAUCAUUCAGAACUUGCCUGAUACAGAAAAUAGUAUUAAAACACCUUGGGAAGACUUAUUUGCUUCAUGUGAACGUAUUGGUAAAAAACUUUCUUGGGAAUUAAGAUCUGUUCUCAGUCAAAGUGACAAACGAAAAGCAUGGAAAAAGGUAUCAAGUUUUGCAAAGAAGUUCGUUAUUGCUUCAAAUAACAGUGAACUUAGUAAACAAUUAGUUUUUUGUGGUAUGAUACUAUUUGUAAGACAUGUUUAUGAUUAUAAUCAAUCUUUACAACCGGAUGAUGGUUCAGAAUAUUUAUUAGUUAAAGCAAUUAAAGGACCCAAGGUACAAAUUAAUAAACCUCCUUUAAAGCAAGCUGUACUAUCCAUUGCCACAAAAUUAAAUGAAUCAUUAAUUGGUAUAACUGACGAAUCCUCUGAAGUUCUUGAUCAUUUCAAAAUGGCUUUUAAUUAUUGGGAAUUGCUCACUAAUAAAGAACCAAUGUGCACUGAUUAUUGGAAAUUAAGUGCUCAAAUUAAAGUAGAUACAUUCAUUGGCCAGUUUCUUAAUGACAUUACGUUUUACCAAGGGAAGUACAAAAACCUUUUCAAAGCUGUUCCAGUUCAAGAAAGUAUUAGAAAAUCAUUAUCAUUAGUAACUUUAUAUUAUUGUGUACAAGAAUUUAAGAAAUGCACUGAGCAUAUUUUUAAAGUAGUAGAACAAUUAGAAAGUCUAGAAUUGUGUGGAGAAGUUUCUAUGGAAAUAGCUAAUCCUCCAGAGGAUAGAGAAAUGUAUUAUAUUCAAAUAGCAAAAUUGCCUGUUCUACAGUAUUGUGUUAAAAUAAUGAUUCAAAUACUCUAUAAUCAACUUUCAAAUUUUUCAUCAGCUAGUGAUCUUCUUAUUGGUCAUCUUUUAGUUUUGUCACAAAUGGUUUGGCCUGAAGGUAAAGCAAUUGCUGAAGACAUGUAUAAACGCAUAGCUGAAUUGCCUGUGUUUACAUACCCUCAGUUUAUAGCUUACAUUACAAAUAUAGACAUAAUUGAACAGUUUAUGGCUAUGUUUAUGGAAAAUGAUAAAUGUGUCUUAAAUAUAUUUCCUUGUGUUGCUUCUUCAUUAAGUCCACGAAUAUCAACAAGAGGUGCUGGUAAAGGAGUAAAAGAUGAAUUUAGAUUAGCAGUAAAAAAACAAGUUUCACGGUGGUCUGAACCUGUUGAUGAAACAAUGUUAUUAUUUUUUAAGAAUGAAAAAGAUAACUUAAUGAACACUGCUACUCUCAUGGAAAAAUCAUUAACUUAUUAAGAGUUCUUGAACCAUCAGGAGCAGUUAUAUAACUGGAACCAUAAAAAUGACCAAAAUCUUGGUGCGCUGGUUUACCAUCACCACUAGUA